GUCAGGUGCCGUGAACGUUUAGUGGAAUGCCCCUAUAGUAAUUACCACAGAACAUACCAUUGGUAUAUCUGUGGUAAUUACUGUCUAACAGGGUAUAUAUUAGUAAGAAAUGUCAUUGGGACUUCAUAAAGAUAAUAAUAAGAAAUUAUAAAGAUUUUCCAAUUUUAAAAAUGAGGGAUUCGUUGGAUGAUUUUGUUAGAUUGUCUAACAACAUUAAAUCCGAGGAACCGUCACGAGAAAUUAAGAAAGAAUUGUUGAUUACAGCACAAAGGAAAAAAGAAUGUGAAACAAGAGCUAUGAAAAUAGUCGAGUUCUCGAUAGAAGGCAAACUUCGACCUGAAAUAUUCACUAAAUGUCUUCCAUUUAUUAACCAAUCACAUUAUCAAGACAUUGUCGAAGAAAGAGCAAUCAUAAAAUUAUGCGGCUAUUCUGUUUGUGGGAAAAGUAUCCCUGAAAUGCCCAAAAAACAGUUUUUUAUAUCCACAAAAAAUAAUAAGGUUUAUGAUAUUACAGAUCGAAAGAAUUAUUGUAGUAAUUUUUGUUACAAGGCUAGUAUUCACAUUAAAAAUCAAAUAGAUGAUAGUCCUUUGUGGCUAAGAAAAUUAGAUGAUAUUCCAGAGUAUCAAUUCUUGGCAAGUAAUGAUGGUGGUCUACCUGGUGAAUACAUAGAUCAAGGAAUUUCCAAACCUGUAGCUGAAUCUACUUUUACUUCCAUUGGCAAAUUUACACAGUUUUCACUGUCAGAUAUUAUUAAUAAAGAACAAGGAUCUGCUAAAGAACAAAACAAAGAUAAACAAAGACGAAAUAAGAAAAAAACGUCAAGGUUGGUGAAAACGAUGCAGACAAUUACUGAAACAGAACAAACAGAAGAAGAAGAACAGCAACAAAAUGAAUCUAUCAGAACAGAUCUUAGUGCAUUUAACCUCCAGAAGUCAUCUAGUCUACCAGUGAUCAUUGAAAACGAAGAGAACUUCGAGAACAAACUUGACUUAUCUGAAAAAUCUCCAUCUACAUCAGAUAUUUCCAUAAAAGUCAGUUCUAAAAAAACUAAGAAAAAAAUCAUGAAGCCUCCCAAAGUUGAUAUAGAAGGUACCUUAAGGAAAGUGAUAAAAGAAUGGGUAACUUUGGAAUCAUUAAUAUUUUUACACGGGGAAUCUAAAGUGAAAGAAAUUUUGAAUGAAAAAAAAUUAGGUGACUGUUUUGAAAAAUUGAGUAUUGAUAAAUUGCAAACGAGCCAACAGAUAAAAUACAUGGAUAUAUGCAGGAGACUUCAAUUACGAGAAAUGGCCGAUGAAAAAUUUGAUAACAGUUUACUUGGCAAUAAAUUGAAACCACUUCCAGAUUAUGCUAAACUAAAGCAGGAAAAUAAGGAUCUGAACGUUAAAGUUAAGUGUUUCUACAGUGGUGUGAUGUUAGAAAAAGAAGAUAGUAAUUUUCCAACGAAAAUUAAUAAAUCUGAAGAGAAUAAAGAUUCAGAAGAUAUUCCUGUUGUAUUACCAUUAGUGGAUGUGAACUCACAAAAGGCUUUGAGAAGAAAAAUAUUUUUAAAUGCUGUCAAUAAAUCAAUGCAACAACUUCUUCAAGCAUUAAGGAUAAAGUUUUACAACACAAUACUUUCAGAUUUACAAAAUUUAGUUAAAACCUUCAAUCUAAAUGCUGAUAAUAUAGUGUUCCGACCUGUAAUGUGGAAUUACAUAAGUAUAAUUUUAGUCCAUAUGUUGUCCAUUCGAGAUAAUAAUUUAAAAGUUUUGUUAGAAGAGCAAGCAUCUCGAGAGUAUAUUGGACAUCAGUUAUCAAUUUUACCCAAUAAAGAGGUCAUACUUAGUGAUAUUCUCAACGAGGUUUCCAAUAUUGAUUCCUUUGUGGAAAUUUAUAUUUCUUCGAAUUAAUUGUGAUGUAUUUUAUAAUUAUUUAUAAAUAAAUGAAUAACUGAUA